GGAAACAACCUUGCAUGUACUUUGUCACAGAUACUUUUGUACACAAUACUCCACGUGUUUUCGUACAGUCGCUGAAACAGAAAUCCUAAUUCAUCUGAAAAUGACCCUGUCAGCUGCCGUCCACGUUCUCCUACCCUUCCUGCUUUGCAUUGCGCUCGCAAACACUCACAUUUUCGACAAAGUUUUGGUGGACGUCAGUUAUGAUCACUACGCGGAGAAGAAAGUCGACCACCUCCCUGCCUUCCUGGCCAUGCCGUUUAACUGCCUGAUUAACGUAGGAUACAUAUUAUUGGGGAUCUAUUGGCUCUUGCAGCGGAUGCCGGAUGAUAAGAGCAGCCGAGCGGCUGCCUACAGUAAAGAAGUGUUCGCGCUGAUGGCGCUGGCCUACGGGCCGGUGCAAUGGAUCCGCCUGGCCACCCUGCGGCGCGCGCCCUCCGUCCUGGACCAGUGGUUCACUUUACCUAUUUUUGCAUGGGUGCUGGUGUGGUGUGAGGUGAUUGGUAAGGGCUGGUCUACUCGCUAUGCUUUAAUUGUGGAGUCGUGCUCUCUGCUCAGCUACGGGCUGUCUCUCCUGCACCCCCGAGGCUUUGAGGCGGCUCUUGGUCUCCACAUCGCCUCCGCCGCGUUUACAGGCGCCCGCGCGCAGCUCAGGCACGGAGACUCGGCGUCCAUGCGCUACUUCUGCUUGGCUUUGCUCUCCUGCGCUGGUUUCGUGGUUUUGAAGCUUCUGGAUCAUCAUCUCGCCGAGUAUUGGAUGUUUCAGACUCUCACCGGUCAUUUCUGGUCCAAAGUUUGCGACAUUCUGCAGUUUCAUUACAGUUUUUGUUUUCUCACGCGCCUCAGUGAAAAUGCUCACAAACGCUCUUCAUAAAUGCUCUUGUCUUUUGUGACAUUUAAUGGGAACAGAGUAAUUAGAAGACAAUUAACUUUGCAUUAACAAAUUCUUAUUUGCUAUUGUCAUACCACUGACACAUAUAGCUAUAUUAUUACAUAUGUGUAAUUAUCACUGUGAACACAAUCACAAAACCAACGGAUUAUCAUUUUAAAGGGAUAGUUCACCCAAAACUGAACAUUUCCUCAUCCUACUCAAACUCGAGUGAUUCUGAACUUGUAUUGAACACAAAACGAGAUGAAGAAUAGGACAGGGGUGUCCAACCUCGGUCCUGGGGGCUGUUCCAUAAACCAAGCUUAGAGAAAAAGCCAGGCUUAUGUUGGUAAGUCAGGUUUAUUAAUGGCGGAUUCGGUUUCAUAAAUCAAAUUUACUAUAGUUCAAACUCAGUUACUCUGGCAACUUAUGCUGGUAAACUAGCCUGGUCUGGGGCAGGUUAACUUUCAGGCUAAGUGUUAAGUUCAAGCUUAAUCAAGAUAAUGUUAACAUUCACCUGGCGUAACUUGAUGCCAUUUUAAUUCAUUUAACCCGGGGUGCUCAACCCUGUUCCUGGAGAACUACUUUCCAACAGAGUUCAGCUCCAACUCUGAUCAAACACACCUGAACCAAUUAAUUAGGACCUGAACAGCACUUGAUAAUUAUAGGCAGGUGUGUUUGAUAUGGGUUGCAACUGAAAUCAGCAGGAAGGUAGAUCUCCAGGAACAGGGUUGUGCACCCCUGACUUAACCUCUUAAUAAUGAUUAUAGCAAAUAUAUACACCAAACAUCUUUAAGAAUAGAACGAUAAUACAAAUAUACAAGUUAUUGCAAAUACAAACAAACUACAUACAUACAAACUAAAUUUGAUAUUUUUUUAUGUUUCUGUUGAUUUUUUUUUUUUUUUUUUCCUGUUUAUUAAAAUUUUAUUUUAUAUUUUCCCCCAACAUAUUAAUUUGGGAGUACAAAUUUUUGGACUGUGAUCUGAGUUUAUUUUUUGUUAGUUCCAAAUUUUUCUCAUAUAUAUAUAUUCUGUUUUUUAAAAUUUACAAUUUCCUGUCAGCCUUUUCUCUUGCUUUGUUGUAAGCCGUACAGUUGUUUUUGAUUAUUAUGUUUAAAUUAUUAUGUUUGAACUCAAAAACCAACAUCAUUUCAGAGCUCCUUCAGUUCUCGUAGUCCAUAGUAGCACACACUAUAAUCAAUGCAUCUAUGCUCGACCUUUAAGGUUUUACGACAGUAACAUGCACGAGCAGCUAUCUAGAUUAUUUAAACUGAACUCAGAUUAGUUAGAUCAAAUAAUCUUCAACUUGCUGUUAUGGAACCAAUUUAAGCGUGGACGUUUAGUUCGGCUCACUGAAGUCAGGUUUUCGACUUUAAUCCCGCUUUUAUGAAACAGCCUCCUGGAGGGCAUGCUGAGUUUAGCUCCAACUUGCUUCAACACACCUGCCAGAAAAUUUCUAGCAUAUCUAGUAAACGCUCGAAUAGCUGGUUCAGGUGUGUGUGUGUGAUUAGGGUUGGAGCUAAACUCUCCAGGACACCGGCCCUCCAGGACUGAGUUUGGAGAAAAAGGAGAAACAAAACUAUGGAAGUCAAUGGCUGCUUUUUUUUUCCCAUCUGCACUCUUCAGUAAAUCUUUCUUUAUAUUCAACAGAAGAAAGAAACAGGUUUUGAACAAAUGGUGGAUGAGUAUGGCAGAAUUUUCAUUUUUUAGAUAUACUAUUCCUUUAAUGAUGAUCCAAACAGACUGAAACUUUGUAAUUAAUGUGAAAUAAUGUAAUGAUAUUCAGGUCAGAUUUUAUCUGGUUAGCUCAGGCAUGGGCAAACUUGAUCCUCGAGGGCCGGUGUCCCUGCAGAGUUUUGCUCCAACACUAAUCAAACACACCUGAACACCCUAAUUAGUGUCUUUAAGAUCACUAGAAAGCUACAAGCAGGUGUGUUUGAUUAGGGUUGGAGCAAAACUAUGCAGGGACACCGGCCCUCCAGGAUCGAGUUUGCCCAUCCCUGGGUUAGCUUCACAGUAUUCUUAACAUUUCUGCGGAAAUUGAAGUACAAGGUCUACACACAAGUCCUUAGUCAAGAACUUCAACUGUUUGUUGUUUAUUUUGGGGUCAAAUGUUUGUGUCUCGAUCUAAUGAGAAAGCAAAUUCAGUGGAACUCAAAUUAUUGUAAUUUAUUUGUGAAAAUAAAAUGUCAAAAUAUCUUUAAUUGCCAUUCAGCAUUUUUAUAUACAAAUUAAACUUCUUAUUCUUUAAUAAAUAUAUGAGAGAAAAA